GUGAACAGUGAUCUGUGAUCUUCAUCUCUAUUGCACUUCACUGCAACCGCACUGCAAUGGCACAGAACGGGACUAUAGAGAACGGGCUCGCUCGAAACGCGUGCCCUCCGCCUCUGCCUCAACCUGUGAAAAUCCCUGAGAUUAAACACACUAAGAUUUUUAUCAAUAACGAAUGGCACACAGCAAUCAAAGGGAAGACGUUUCCUACAAUCAACCCUGCAACAGGUGUCAAAAUCUGCGAUGUCGAGGAGGCGGAUAAAGCUGAUGUGGAUGAGGCGGUGAAAGCUGCCAAAGCGGCCGGGCAGAGAGGCUCGGAGUGGCGGCGGAUGGACGCGUCGAGCCGCGGCGGGUUACUGCACAGACUCGCGGAUCUGCUGGAGCGAGAGCGCUUUGUGCUGGCGACUCUAGAGUCAAUGGACACUGGCAAACCCUUCCUGCAUGCCUUCUUUGUCGAUCUGGACGGCAGCAUUAAGACCCUGAGAUAUUACGCCGGCUGGGCGGACAAGAUUCAUGGGAAAACCAUGCCAGUCGAUGAAAACUUUGUGUGUUUUACCAAGCAUGAGCCCGUCGGUGUGUGCGGAGCAAUUAUUCCGUGGAACUUCCCUCUGCUGAUGUUUACGUGGAAGAUCGCGCCGGCUUUGGCCUGCGGGAACACGGUGGUCAUUAAACCGGCUGAACAGACCCCACUGACGGCUCUUCACGUCGGAGCACUCAUAAAGGAGGCUGGUUUUCCACCUGGAGUCGUGAAUAUCGUACCUGGGUUUGGACCAACGGCUGGAGCGGCAAUCGCCAGUCAUAUGAACAUCGACAAAGUGGCAUUUACAGGCUCUACAGAGGUGGGCCAGCUGAUCAAAGCGGCGGCGGCCAAGAGCAACCUGAAAAGAGUGACUCUGGAGCUGGGAGGGAAGAACCCCUGCAUUGUGUUUGCUGACUCAGACCUGCAGUCGGCGGUGGAGGAGACGCAGAAGGGCUCGUUCUUCAACCAGGGUCAGGCGUGCACCGCUGCAUCACGCGUCUACGUGGAAGAGCCAAUUUAUGACGAGUUUGUGCGUCUCAGUGUCGAAAGAGCCAAAAAUAUAGCUAUCGGAGACCCUAUGGAGCCACGAACCUCACACGGGCCGCAGAUCGACCAGCAUCAGUUUGAUAAGAUCCUGGAGCUGGUGGCCAGUGGGAAGAAGGAGGGGGCGACGCUGGAGUGCGGAGGCUGUGCGGUGGAGGACAGAGGUCUGUUCAUCCAUCCCACCAUCUUCUCUGAUGUCAAAGACCACAUGCGUAUUGCCAAAGAAGAGAUCUUUGGGCCAGUUCAGUGCAUCAUGAAGUUUAAGAUGCAGGAGGAGGUGAUCGACAGAGCCAACAGCUCACAGUACGGCCUGACGGCGGCUGUCUUCACGCGGGACGUCCAUCGCGCCAUGAGCGUGUCUGCGGCACUGGAGGCUGGAACCGUCUGGGUGAACUGCUACAACGCCUUACAUGCUCAAGCUCCGUUCGGAGGCUUCAAGAUGUCAGGAAACGGCCGAGAGCUGGGUGAGUAUGCGCUGGCAGAGUACACCGAGGUCAAAGCCAUCACUAUCAAACUCCGCGAGCAGCUGACACUGUGAUCUGCCAAUCAACAGAUGAAGAAACUCUGGCUUUACCUUCAGUCUCACGUCAGCUCCUUUCUGUUUAUUUCAUGUAGAUGUGCUGUACAGAUUGAAAAGAAAGUUUGUGUUUUUUUUUUACUUUUAUUUAAUUCGGAUGUUUUAUUAUCAAGCAAAGUCAUCCAUCAUCUCUCAGUAUUUACUAAAAUAUAUAUAUUUUAUUGCUAUAGAUUCACAUGCAAACCAUUUUCACCUCCACACAGGCUUUGCUUCUUUUGUUUUGGAGGUUCAGUUCGUCUUCGAGGUUUUAAAAGGUCUCCUGUCAUGGCAGCUAAAAUCUAAAUAUGUUACCAAGGAUAGUCUUUUAUGUGUAAAAAUCCGAGUUUCUGAUUGCAUUUGAUAAAUAAUCAUGUAAUCCGUCUUAAACCUGAGGUUUAAAUUUAAUUAAGUCAUCUCUGCUCCACUAGUGGCACCAAACAGAAUUGCAGAAAUGAUGUAACUGUUACUACAUUCUCUUUGUGAUGCUGAAUGCAAACUGAAUUGAUGAAUACAUUUCUGCACUGUAUAUGUACAGUGUGUUGCCCUGCAUAUAUUAAUGUAUAAUUAGAAUUUUCUAAAUGUACAUACACAUCCUAU